AGCCCAAACAGAACAUCAUGGCGAUGGAUGGUGGAGAGCGUAACUGUGGAGUACAUGAGCUGAUCUGCGUCAGAAAAGUCUCUCCAGAGGUGCUGGGGUUUCUGACAGCCAUCGGUCUCUUCAUCAUCCUCAUGACCUUUCUGUUCUGGUACCUCAACAACAAGUUGGCACUAGACAGCCCAGGGAGCCUUCAGUGCCUUGAUGACUUCAGGAAGAAAAGCGAGCCGCAAGACAAGGCCUACACUGAUGCCAACCUGCAGGGCUCGUCAUCAGACAGCGAGGAUGAAGUGAUGGGUCAGUACCAGGAGGCCGUCAGUCGCUCCCAGGGCCUGCGGGGAGGAGCCAAGGCCGCUAACACCAAACACAGCGGAGGGUUCACCUGGGAGAGCCGGCACAAGUACAGCGCGCUCACGGCGGACUAUGACGGGUACAGCAGCGAAGCCUCGGCUGAUGACGCCAACUGCAUCCAGAGGAUGCGCCGAACUCCGCCGCUGGAUGAGCUUCAGCCUCCGCCCUAUCAGGAUGAGAACGGCUCCCCCAGGAUGUCCUGCACGCUGUCGGACCUGGGAGACGCAAAGUGUGAUCUGUCCUACACCAGCGGCAGUCCCCACCUGUGCUUUGGCAAAUGCCCCAGUGAGUGCAGCGACGGCCACGACUCUGAGAGUAACUUCCACAGGGGCUACGAAGAGGACGUACCCAGUGACAGUACAGCUGUCCUCAGCCCAGAGGACAUGUCAGCCCGUGGAUCAGCAGCUCAGCUCCCUAAAGGUUAUGAACCAGAUUCAGUUGCCAAAUAUGGCACUCUGGACGUUGUGUUUGACUUUGACUCAGACGACCAGCAGCUGGCCAUUACCAUCAUGGCAGUGUCGGAUCUUCCCGCCUUGAAACGCACGGGCAACAUCUCCUGGCAGGUCCACCUGGUGCUGCUGCCCACCAAGAAGCAGAGAGCCAAGACAGGAAUCCAGAGAGGCCCCUGCCCAAUCUUUACCGAGACCUUCCGCUUCAGCCACGUGGAGUCAGAGAUGAUCAGCAACUACGCCAUCCGAUUUCGCCUUUACAGUAUGAAGCGGAUGAAGAAGGAGAAGGUGCUCGGGGAGAAGAUGUUCUACCUUACCAAGCUCAACCUUCAGGGCAAAAUGUCUGUGCCCGUCAUAUUGGACCCAUGCUGUGCUCUCACGGGUGGUGAUUCCCAGGUCAGCCUUUCCGAUAUGACGUGCAGUGAGAGCGCCUCAUCAUUCCAGUCUGUCAGUCAGACCUCAACACCGGAGAUCCUCGUGGGCCUGGUGUACAACGCCACGACAGGACGUCUCUCCGUGGAGAUCAUCAAAGGCAUCCAUUUUAAAAACCUGGCAGCCAACAAGCCACCCAACGGGCUGUUCUGUUGUCUAAAACACUUGAUAGGUGGACAGGUUUAUAUAAUCAGAGAUACAUAUGUUAAGCUGACCUUACUGAACUCCAUGGGCCACGAGAUGUCCAAGUGUAAGACAUCCAUCUGUCGAGGACAGCCCAACCCAACAUACAAAGAGACGUUUGUCUUCCAGGUAGCUCUUUUCCAGCUAUCGGACGUCACGCUCAUCCUCUCCGUCUACAACAAGCGCAGCAUGAAGCGUAAGGAGAUGAUCGGAUGGAUUUCGCUCGGCCUCAACAGCUCCGGAGAGGAGGAGCUCACCCACUGGACUCUGAUGAAAGAGUCUAAAGGACAGCAGGUUUGCCUCUGGCACAGUUUGUUGGAGUCCUAACGGCAAGAGAACAAGUGAAGAGUGAGGGUAACUGGACAGAGCAUUUUUAUUUCCCAGAUGGGUAAGAAAUGGAUGUGUUAAGCUGGAAUCGAUGAAUGUGAAAGACGUCCAAUGAACCAGUCAGUGGUGGUGAAGGAAAAGACACAAAACAACGUGUGUCUGCACUUUGCACAAUAUAAGCAUUUUCAUGGCACGGUUUGAAAAAUCACUGACAGCCAUUGAUUAGUAGUACGGCUAGUAAUGUGAUGUAUUCUUAUGGACAGCCAAGUGAUGACCUAAGCUUCUGUUUCAAAGAGCAGAUUCUGAGUAGAGGGAUCAUUUUGUGUAUACACACCUCAAGCUCACACAACUGACACCAGGAGUAUCUGUCAUUUUUACUAAAGAGGUUUACAAUGUGAAACAUCAGUUUUUUUGUUCUUCACAUUUUACUACAACUUUAUGUCAUGAAUUUAAAGGUUCACCAAGAAAAUAUUUCUAAAUUUACAAUCCAGAACUUUUCAAAUUAAAAGUAGACGUUUUUUCCCUUUUGAAUAUACUUUGCCCCACCAUUGUUAAAGGCUUUGAGGACCUAAAUCUCUUAUUUACUAUACUUCUACAUUUCCAUGAAACUCACGUGUUGUUGCUCCCUGUUUUUCUUAAUUGGUUUAAAGUGUUCGUGGCUUACUUACAGUAGAAGAAGGUGAUUUCAGGCAAUAAUUCAAUUACAGUUGUGGGAUUGUUUGCUUUUGUUACCAGGACCUCAAAUAAACCAUGCCCACAUUUUUCAGUGGCUAACUCUUAGUAAAUAAUAUCAAAAAUAUAAAAAAUUUGGGCCAGUGUGUAGUUUUCAGGGGAUAUACUUACAUAAAUCAAGUAUAGUAUUCAUAUCUAUGUUUUAGUGUAAAAUCACCUGAAACAAGGAAUCAUUUAGUUUUCGUGAGUUUAGAAUGAGCUCUGUGUAUCUACAUUGAGAGUGGGACUUCUUCGUUCGAGUCCGCCAUUUUGCAUCGCCAUGUACGAGAACGGACAAAGGCCAUCUUAGUUGUCCAACACGCUUGUAUAACUUUUGUUCUGCCAGUCGCCACAUUAACUGUGUUGCUCCUAUAGUACAGUUAUGUCAAGGUGGAGCAAGGUGAAGGACCUGAGAGUUUUCUACGAUUUGCACUUACCGUCCGUUUUACCCCGCAGUUCGCAAAGACAUUGGUUAACGGAAUGGUAUUCAGUUGAUUGCAAUCUGGGUAUAGCCAAAUCUUAACACUUUCCCUUUAACUGAGACUUUUGCCUUGUGAUAAAUUAAUAUUUAUUGAUUCAGGGAAGUGCUUUUUUAUCACGUUUUACAGGGUUUAAACCUUUUUCCUACCCCUGACUGGCUAGCUGAUUGUAGCAACUUCCUGUUACAUCAGUAAACAGGGCAACACCUGUGCCAUGCUUUGCCUCAGAGAAAACAACAUCACUAGUUCUUUGAGUGUGAAUUUCUUCUGUUUAAGCAGGAGAUGUGGACCUUAAGCUACUAUCAAUGCUGCUAGCUACCUUUUUCGUCAUGUAUCAAUCCAGGCCCAAUCACAUUUUCAAGCGGUCAAAAAAAAGGUUUUAAAUUGGACCUAACCCUGAUACGGACGCAAACAAGGCAACCUUUUAUUACUCUAUGAAACAAAUCAGGCUUUUAACUGUAAAUGUUUUUCCCAUCUUGCGACAACAUUAGACGUUUAUUGCAAAAUGUACUUAGUCUAGCCCAAACCACGCUGUUUUACUUAAAACUUACCAGGGUAGAUUUUGUUAGAAUUCACAUUAUUAACCGCCUGCUUUAAACUGUGAGCAUAGUAAGGGCUUCAUAGUUUGAUGCGUUGGGCUAAUAAUUAUGUUAAAUGUUGACGCAAAGUGAUUCAACUCGUGAUGCGUUGGGAAAUGGAGCGUGUUGAUUUAUCACACUUCUACUUGUUUGUUGUCUUGGGCUAGAAACAAAAACGGAACACCUUUACCAUACAGGGAGACAUUAGUGAGAGAAGUUUCAUGAAUUGAAUAGUAUAACAAUCAGGUAAAUCACUAUGUUGUAAAUGUAACAAUACAAUACCAAGUGAUCAUACUUUGUAGGGAAUGGUAUCCCGCAUCGUAGACAUAUUUUUUUAUUUCUUUCUAUUACACCCAAUUGCCCACUAACAUUUUUUUCCAAAUGAUGUGUUGAAUUCAGACAUAUAGCCAGCAGAACUCUCUAGGAUAGAGGCGUCAUCUAAGUAAUUUAGAGGCCAAGGAAGUGCUGGCCAUUUUGGAUAGGCCUUUCAGGGAACUAAUUCAGAGAUUUGAGCUGAACAACCACACUUUCAUGAAUCGCUCUCAGCAAUACAGCAAAACAUCUCACGGUUGGUGCUGCGCUGGCGUUUAGCAUUGAUUUCAAAGAGAACAACAAUAAUGUUGCUGCUUUCCACUAAUGAUCUUUGAAAAACUAUAUUUCUAUCGGGAAAAAAAUACAUUAUCGGAAAUAACACGGUUGGUGCUCUCGAUGGCGUAUAGCAGCUAUUUCUGAGAAGAAAUAAUCAUAUGUGUUUACAAGAUGUGUUUCACUAAUGAUCUUUAACAAACAAUAUCUUUAUCAGAAAAGAAAACCUGUAAUUUAUCGGAAAUAAGCAUUUUCACAAUGUUUUUCUCAAAGCAUGGGCAGACAUGUUAGCCUACAUUUGAUCGUUGUAUUACUUUGGUGGUUGUGCGAUAUUGAGUUACCAUCCACCAGUCAAACAUCACAGAGAAUGUCAAAGGAAUUGAUGACAUUUUUCUUGAAUAAAAAAUAACUUGCUGCUGAUAUCACAGCAGUACAUGUGAGAAAAACAUGUGCCUGUUACUGUUUCGCCCGCUCUGGUGCUAAUAAGCACUGUGGCUGCACGCACAGAAUUCCUUUGCCUUAUGGUUUAGUCAGUUCAUACAUUUCUGUAAGUGGACCCGUUACAAAAAGAGACACAGACACACCCUGAGAGCACACAGACCUGCAUCCAUAAUUCCAGAAAGCACACACUCACUGAAGAGAAUACACACAGUGUGCAUUGACAAACUGGCAGAAUGUCCUACAGAUAUUUUUAAGCUGUGGCUACUUUCUCACUUCGUUUUCAUUUACAGACAACAGAAAAUACAUAUACUCUAAACUGUGCCUGUGGUUGUGGUGAAAGCUUGCUUUGUGCAGUGUUUACCGUGUGUGUGUGUGUGUGUGUGUGUUGUGUGUGUGUGUGUGUGUGUGUGUGUGUGUGUGUGUGUGUGUGUGUGUGUGUGUGUGUGUGUGUGUGUGUGUGUGUGGACAGGAAAGGUUCAGUAUGGGGUGCUGUGAUAUAGAUAGUUACUGCAUUUUCUCGUUGGGUGUAACUAUUUCUGAAUUUAAUUAACGUGAUUUGGCACAAAAUAACCCCCAUUUUUAUUGUCUGCCAUAUACUUUAUAUACAGUAGAUGUUUUCUUAUCUAUUUUUGGAUCUAUAAUGGGGAGGGAAUUGUGUUUGUGGAUGUAAGCCCCCUGUGAGCAAUAUCUGGUUUGCUGUUGUCUAUUCUGUUAAUUUAUUUUCUGUAGAGGAGAAUGAACAGUGUCCUCUUUUAACUCCCUUCUCUGAAGCAAUGUAACGAGAGCUCAAAUCAAAACAACCUUACAAAGUUUAAACCUUUGAUGAUUUGUAACCGUGUGGAACAGAAGCACAACAGUGAAGAGCACCGUGGCAGUAGCUCACUUGUACAUCAUAUCGUUGAAUCCAAAAUCCACAGGCAAUAUUAGUUUUUUUGAUCAGCCUGGAUCAUUUGAUAUGAUCUUAAGUAAAUGAAUUAAACACAGCCUGCCGGAAAAAGGUGAGUGAUGGUGUUGAGUCAACAGAAGGUGUUCAGGAAAGAGUGUGAUCUUUCACACUGUCAGUGGGUGUCAGAUGGCAGCCAGUCUCCACAGUCAAGAUAAUAUCAUCAGUGAAGAAGUUGAAUUUCUUUCUUCGUGUAUAUAUAAAUGAUGGUAGGUAAAAUGAAAAUGUUCAGGCUGAGAGUUUCCUUAGAGGAACACACAUCAUCUUAUUAGUGGUGUUAACGUGCCAUCUAUUUCUGGAAGUUAACACUAGGUCUUGCUACCAAUGUACGGAAGCUAAAAUAGGCCAAAAUGGCUUUAUUUUUCUUGGAGCAAUUGAAAAUCUAAAACUGAAACUUAGUUAAUUGCAUUACCAGUGAUUGUAAAGCUUUACAAAAUGUAGUAUUUCUAAUUGUCCUUUUAAAAAAGCAAGUGUACAAUUAUUUUUUAAUCUAUGUGAAUUAUGGAAAUGUGCCUCCAAAAUUAAAACAACUAAAAUUCAAGUUAAAAAAGAAAAAUGUAAUUCAGACACCAAAAUUCAACAAUCAAAAUACAAUCUUUUACCUGAUAAGACUUCGGUUGGAUAACCCGAGACAUCUAAAAGGUUUUGAAAUUCAAAGACUCAAACCAAACAAACAAACCAAUGUAUAACCACAACCACACAAUUGAGAAAUACUGCUAAAAUACUGUUUGACAGUACUAUAAAUUCAGUGGAAUUGAAAUGUUUCGCUUAAUUCAUCAAUAGUGGUUAUUUCUCACAAUUAGUUAUUCAGCUGCAUUUCAAAUUCAGACUAUUAUGGCCUUCCUUUAGCUUCAGUAUACAAACAAACUAAAAUACUUGGUUCUUAAUGAUUUUAGCGCUUUGUCCUGAUAAUCUUUUCACACAAGAUGUUUUCCACUUAUAAUGUUUUUUAAAAGAAAAUGUUUAUGCUUUCCACUAUUGUUUUUUGCCUUUAUUCCUUGACAAGUUUUUUUUAUAUUCCUCUGCUUUUAAGCUUUUCUUAAUUGGUGAUUUUUUUUUGUCUUUUAGUUUGGAACCUACCUAUGCCACAGGCGGGCAUCGGUUGCCUUACUGUUUUCAAAAGGUGUCACAGUGUCUUAAUGUACUUGUACUUUUCUUCUGUACUUCAGGCUGAGUUUAAUUUGUAAAAUGUCUUACAAAUUGAUAGAGAGAAUUUAUAUGUGAUAUUAUUGUUUAAAGAAAAAAGAAAAACAA